AUGAGCAUCAACAUGGACCUUCUCGGUCUCGACGGUCUCGAAGGGUUUGACGACGGAGACACGCCGCCCGUGGUCUCGAUCUCAGCAUCGCAGUCCCUCAACGCGUCGGCCGCCACCCGCGACCCAAUCGCGACGGGCCUGGCGCGUCUGGACGAGGUUCUGAAUGACCUCCCAGACCAGCCCGAUCAAGGCGGCAUCUUGCGUGGACAUGUUACAGAAAUAUUCGGACCUCCAGGAGCGGGGAAGACCUCGCUGGCGUUGAAUAUUGCCUGUAAUGCACUACGCGACGGCAAAGUGGUCUGGAUUGAUACGGGAUGUCCCUUGCCCACUCCCCGGCUCGAGGAAAUUGGCAUCAACCUCGAUGACUUUAUCUAUUUCCGGGCGCAUACGCUGGCCCACCUUAUAGCCCUGCUUGCACGUCCACCAAAAGGGUUUCCACCGUCGGAAACAAACCUUAUUGUUGUCGACUCCGUGUCAAAUUUAUUCUCAGCUUACUUCCCCAGCGUCCAAGAGCUCAAAAACCAGCUCGCCGAGGGCAAAAUCACAGAUAAAGCACACCUGCAAUGGCUGAUCAAUCGCAGAUGGAACAUUGCUAGUGAGCUAGGCACGCAUCUGGCCAGACUCGCCGCGGGAAAUAUCGCUGUGGUGGCCAUUAACCAAUCCCACACGAAGGUCAAGGGUCAGCCUCACGCGGUUCUGCAGCCGCUCUUGUCGGGUGGUGCGUGGGAGGCCAGCGUACAGACUCGCAUUGCGGUCUACCGUGACCUGCCGGAUGAACGAUUAGCGGAGGUCGAGAAGCGCGCGGGUAAGCCCCUGCCCGAGCAAGCCGGUGAGCUGCUCGUUGCCUUUCGCAUUGAACCGGAUGGUCUUUAUGAAAUGGAGAGAAAGGAUUCCGUGCCCUCCGAGCCUCUGACUCCCUUACCAAAGUCUCCCGACUUUGAGUACUAUGAUCCUCCUACUCCGACUCCUUCGCCUAUAUCCUCCGUGCUGUCUUCUGCACCACCGUCUCCAAAAUUGGAGUCUCCGAAACCAUCAUCACCUAAGCCAAUGUCACCAGAAAAGCCUGUGCAGAUGCCAAGUAGGAAACGGAAGGUGGAGGAGGUAGCUGACAGCCAGGAUGAAGACUCCGAGGAAGAUGUCCCAUGGACGAACGAGAUAACCCUGAACACGAAUCAAUCAUGA